AUUGUUGUAUAUGUCUCUCCAGUUGCCAGGAAUCUGAAAAAAAAAAAAAAAAUUUCAGAAAAACUCUUUGAGACGUGAGUGGAAAAAACUAAAGGACUGUCACCGCCAAGCUGUACUUCGCCGAAAAACAACAACUGGGCAGGCAGCAAAAAAUAUUAAAAAAUGGAAAUACGAUGAUCAAAUGUCAUUUGUGCUUAAAACUAGCACGCAUAGACCGAGCGACUCUAACAUUCCCAUGCCGGAUGAAAUCGAGGAACAUUCGAAUCAUUGGGAACAGCAGAGAAAUUUAUCCGAGCAACAAGAUGACAUUGACGGGGAAAGUAUGGCCGAUGAUGCUGAAAACGCAAGUGAAAUGACUUCCACGGUAAAAGAACGAAGAAACCGAUCACCAAGAGGCGUAGACAAAGUGUUGGCUUAUAUGCAAAAUAAAGAAUGCAAUAAAAAAACUCGAGCUAAAAGCAUUCCUGAUGAUGUAGACUUAUUUUUUGCUAGUGCUACCCAAUCGGUUCGGAAAUUACCCCGCCAAUUACAAAACAAAAUAAAAAUGGAUUUGUUAAGUAGCAUUUGUAGAGCGGAAGAGCAACAUGAAUGGAACUGUACCUCUGCUUGUGGGUCUACUUCACAGCAGUUGUUUGUUGCCACUCCAUCCUCCUCCACAAUUACCAUGGAAGGACUGACAUUUGAUACGCUGGUGUUCUGUCAGUAUGACAGAAAGCAUUUCUGCAAACUUAGCCGCAAACACCUGCAUGAGGCAAAGUGUCCAACCAGUCUCCUCGGGGGGGGGGCUAGGUGGACAACCGAAUUGUUGCCCAUCCCGCCUCCGCCCCCACGUCGCCCCUGA